AUGUCGCAUACCUAUGAAACUUUAAAAACUCCACCAAGUGGAGGGAUUUGUGCUGAAUGUCAAAAGGCAUUUAAAAGUAAAGAGAGUGUAGUUAAAUGUACUAAAUGUGGAGUAAUUCUUCACAGUAAAAAAUGUGAAGAGAAAUAUAGUAAGAAACGAGGAAAUUGUACUGGUGUAAAAAGUUCUGGAAGUACAAGUAGUACAUCAACUUCAUCAACAAAACUAAAUGGUAAUAAUAGUAAAGGAAGUGGAACACAUUCUACACAAUCUAAAUCAAGUAGUUUAACACCUGAAGAACGAGAAAAAUAUAUGAAAGAAAUUGGAGAAUCAAUGAAAGUAGAUGUUUCAGUAUUACCAAAAGAUCAAUUAGAUAUUUUAAUUGAGAAAUAUAUUGAACAAAAACAAAAAGAGAAUGUAAUUAUUAAAAGUCAAAUGUCAACUCCUGAAACAGCUGUAAAGCGAUUAGUAGAUAGUUCAUUUACUUUAAAAGAACUAAAAGACUUUGAAAUUGAAAUUAGAAAUGCUAGUACUAAUUAUAUUCAAAAAUUUAUUGAAAAUAAAGGAAUAGAUGCUUUCUUUAAAAUGUUUAAUAAACUUAUGAUGAACCCUCAUUUUAAAGUUACAGAAAUUCCUGAAGCUGAAAAGAAAACUAUUUAUAUUUUAAGAAGGCUUUUAGAAACUGAAACAAUUUUUAAUAACGUUAUUUGUAGUGCAGAAUAUCUUUGUACUAUUUUAAUGGCAUUAUCCUCUAAGUCUAUCUCUACAAACGAACGAAUUGAAUUAGUUAAUGGAGUCUUACUAAAAUCAUGUGGUAAUUCUGAAGAAACUACAACUCCACCUUAUGAAAUAAAUUCUAAAAAUUUAAUUAAAGCAUCUACUGAGCUUAAAAGUAAAAGAAAAAAUAAAAUUAGAUUUGAAUGGCUUGUUAACCUUUUUGAUACAGAAAAUAAUGAACUAAAGAAAGCAGCCAUGGGAGUAAUGCAUGCAAUGGUAAAAAAUAUUGAUAAUAUCUUCUUGAGAAUGGAUAUUAGAACAGAAUUGAUUUGUCUUGGUGCUGAAAAGUUUAUUGCAAAUAUUAAUGAAAUUUAUGGUGAGACUGAUGACCCUAUUAUGGAUAUUUUUGAUGACUGGAUUCAAAUAAGUGAAGAUGAUGACAAAACAAUGAAGAACCUAAUUGAAAAGGUAAAUGAUAAGUUAGAAGACAAAAUUGAUUUAAAUGAUGAUAAAAAAGUUUCUAAUUCCUUAGAAAGAAUUAUGAAAGACUUACAUAUUGAUAAGUUAUAUCAUGAAUUAAUGAAAGAAGCUGCCUAUUUGUCUAGUUCAGAUACAUCAUCAGUCAUUAUGUCUAAAUGGAUGGCUUUUGAGUGUAUUACUAGAAUGGUUGGGUUCUAUGAUCUUGAUAGAAAAGAUCUUGAUGGGGUUCAACCAUAUGAUGAAAUUUAUGAAAUUGGAGGGAAGAAAGUAAAAUUAAAUGAAUUGUUUGAGAGUGUCUCUUCUGUAGCAUCUUUGUAUAUGAUUGAUUCGGAAUUAAAAGUUGUUAACGAUAAAUUGGUUGCAGCAAAAAAUCAAUCUGCUACUGCAUCAGAUCGUUUGAAAAAGAGAAAAGAUAGAAUCCCAGAAUAUGAAAAUGAUAAGAAAAAAGCAGACAAUGAAAUGAAAAUUAAGCAAGAAGCUCUUCAAGGGUCUAAAGCUAAGCUAGAAGGGUUUAAACAAGACCUUACCUCUUUACAAAAACAACUUGCUGAAAGACCUUCCACUGUUGUUAUUGGUAAAGUUAAUACAACAAUAACUAAUAACGCUACUAGCACUAUGCCACCCCCACCUCCACCUCCUGGAGCAAGUUCAAUUCCACCCCCACCACCUCCUCCUGGAAUGCCUGGUAUGCCUCCACCACCACCUCCUCCUGGAAUGCCUGGUAUGCCUCCACCACCACCUCCUCCUGGAAUGCCCGGUAUGCCUCCACCACCACCUCCUCCUGGAAUGCCAGGUAUGCCUCCACCACCACCUCCUGGUAUGCCAGGUAUGCCUCCACCUCCUCCUGGAAUGCCAGGUAUGCCUCCACCACCACCUCCUGGUAUGCCAGGUAUGCCUCCACCUCCUCCUGGUAUGCCAGGUAUGCCUCCACCUCCUCCUGGUAUGCCAGGUAUGCCUCCACCUCCUCCUGGUGGUUUUGGAUUUAGACCAGCUGCACCUAAACCGAACGCAUAUGUAACUAUGUUGCCAAAACCCACCAAAAAAGUUAAAAACUUCCAAUGGCAGAAACUUACAGAUAGACAAUUACAAGGAACUGUAUUCCUUAAGAUGGAUACAUUAGACAAAAUUCCAAUUGAUUUUAAGAUGAUAGAAGAACAGUUUAAAGUCCCUGAAAGGGCAAAACCAACAGAGGCUAAAGAAACAAAGAAACAAGGGCCUGUUUGUAUUCUUGAUGGUAAACAAAAUCAAACAUUAACAAUUACAUUAAAAGGAUUUAAGAAUAAAACUAUUAAAGAAGUUUGUGUUGCGGUAAAUAAAUGUGAUGCAUCAUUAUUUGAAGAGGCUAGUGCUGUUAGAAAUUUACAAAAAGCUAUUCCAAGUAAAGAAGAAAUGGAACCAGUUUAUGCAUAUUAUAAAGAACAUAAUGGAGAUGAAAGUAACAUUGGAGUUGCUGAACAAUUUGCAUAUGCAUUGAGUAAUAUUCAAUCCGUUAAUAUCAAAUUAGAAGCAUUUGCAUGUAAAUUAGAAUUUCCAGUGAAAUUAUCAGAAAUUCUUCCAGACAUUAAGAAAGUUGAAGUUGCCUGCAAACAAUUACUUGAAAGUAAAAAAUUACUUCGACUAAUGGAAGUAAUUUUAUUGAUUGGUAAUUAUUUAAAUCAAGGAACUGCUAGGGCUAAAUGUCAUGGAUUUUCUUUUAACACGUUACAAAAAUUGAGUGAUACAAAAACUGGAGAUAAUAAACGAACACUACUUCAUUUUAUUGCUUCAAUUGUUGAAGAAAAAUAUAAAGAUGAUGUACUUGGAUGGGAUGAAGAAAUUAUUGGAGUUGUUGAUGCAUCAAAAGUUCCAGGUGCUCAAUUUGAAUCAGAAAUUGGAGGACUAGAAAAAACAUUUGCAACAAUUGAAAGUUCUGUUAAAAAAGUGAAAGAAGAAGAAGGGUGUGAUUUCUUAUCUGUAAUGAAUGCAUUUAUUCUUGCAUCUAAACAAGACCUUGUAGAUUUAAAAGAAACGUAUCAAAAGACUAUGGUCAUUUAUAAAGAUGUACUAAAAUAUUUUGGUGAAAAUGUGAGUAAACCACCUGCACCAGAAGAGUUCUUUAAACCACUUGCAUCAUUUAUUGAAAGUUGGAAAAAUGCAAGAAAAGAUAAUGCAAAAGCAAAAGAACAAGAAGAAAAAGAGAGGAAAAAAGCUGAAGAAGCUAAAAAGAAAGCUCAAUUGGCAGCAGCUAGAAAAGCUGGUGGAAAAGUUGAUGCUCUUGGAGAUGUAGAUACAAUGAAAAAGUCACCGAUUAUCAGAAAGAAAACAACAAAGAAAAUGGUAAGAAUAGCUGAAGUCUAAUUCAUU